GUGCCCCUUCGCCAUUAUCGCGUCGCGCUCAUUGACAUUACCUUGCGUCGGCUUCGCCAUUGACGACCCGUCAACGAGAGAUCUAGGGCUCUGAGAUCUCGCUUCUUCUCUGCAAAAGAGCAUGCUCUUUGGUCGGUGACGAAAAUUAUUACGGAAGAAGGAAGGAGAAUCCUCCCCUCUUGUCGGCGGAACCAUGGGUUCGUCUUUGGAGAUCAUCGACAUCUCCGCCAGUGCGCGGAGGAUAAUCGUGGAUAAUCGAAUUUCUCUUAGAUUCUACUUCAGGAUUGCCGACAAUAUCCUCAAACAGGCCAACAUAUUUCGAGCAGAGAAGAAUAUUGUAGAUCUAUAUGUCAUGCUUCUUCGGUUUUCGAGUUUGGCUCUUGAGACAAUACCAUCACAUCAAGAUUACAGGACUGCCCCUACAUAUAACAAAGAGUUUUUGAAAAUGAGGUUAUUGGAUGUCUUGACCGAGCUGGAGAAGUUGAAACCAGUUGUACAGCAAAGGAUAAAUGAACUAAAUGCCAAAAUGAUGCCGCGACUUAAUUCACUAGCUCAUCAUCAUGUAAAUGGUUCCCCAGGCUGGUCUUCGGUUAGCAAGCCAUCAUUGAGUAGCUAUAACCAGACAAAGGUAGUAAAUCCUACUGGACAUAAUUUUGGCUACAUGGGUCCCAGGGGUCAUCAAUUUGUGAAUAGUCCGCCCCUUGAAGACCAUUUCCGGAAGAUGUCAGUGAACUUCAUUCGCCCAAAAGAAGAAACUCUUUCAAAGCAUUCUAUUUUCGGUCCAAAUGGACUCCGUGCACAGUGGCAGCCCCCAAAGAAUGACAUAAAGGUUCAAUAUCCAAGCAAUAUAGAUUUGACACCGAUUGAAAUUCCAAGUUUCCAGCUACAUGUGGAUAGUGACUCAACGAUACAAAGCAAGGGCAGUAACCAUGAACCGGAGAAGUCUGGGGUGGAAUCGGUGGAUUGUGACUCAAGUGCUACUCUAAGCGAAAAUAUCGAGAAAAGCCAUGCUCAGGAGAUUUCUGCUAUGAUUUCCUUUGACGAACCCGAAAUUGUUGCUGAUAACAAUAUUAUUAGGCAACCCUCACCACCUCCCAUACUUGCAGAAGUUCAAGACUUGGCUCCUGCUUUAUGCCCCCAAGGUGCAGAAGUUGAAGUUGAGUGUAAGAUAGAGAAUCCCCUCCCUGGUGACUCUAUUCAGCCUAAUUCUCCUCUUGAACUCCAUAUCUCAACAACAAUGAUGGACACCUUUAUGAGGCUUGCCAAAUCAAACACGGUCAAGAAUUUAGAGACGUGUGGUGUACUUGCCGGUUCACUUAAAGACAGAAAAUUUCAUGUUACAGCCCUCAUCAUACCAAAGCAGGAAUCAACAUCUAACACGUGUCAAACUACGAAUGAGGAGGAAAUUUUUGAAGUGCAGGAUAAGCAAUCUCUUUUCCCACUUGGAUGGAUUCAUACGCAUCCUACACAGUCGUGUUUCAUGUCAUCUGUCGAUCUUCACACCCACUAUUCAUAUCAGAUUAUGUUACCGGAAUCAGUGGCAAUCGUUAUGGCCCCAACAGACACAACAAGGAAGCAUGGAAUAUUCAGGCUGACGACGCCGGGAGGGAUGAGGGUGAUAAGGAAGUGCGAGCAAAGAGGGUUUCACCCUCACGAUCCGCCCGAGGAAGGAGGCCCUAUCUACUCUUCUUGCUCUGAUGUCUAUCUCAACCCUUCUCUCCAGUUCGAUGUCAUUGAUCUCCGGUAAUCGAUUCCCCCCCUUUCUAAACCCUACAAUCAAUACAGGCUGAAAACUUUAUAAAUGCAUUUGGAUUGGAUCUUGAUUGAUUUGAUCCUUUUCUGCCUUGAUUGCCGUCAGCAAGACUGUGCGCGCUUUCUCUGUAUAUUUUUUGGAUCCAAAAAACAAAAUGCCUGUCAUAAUGUGUAUGUCAUCUCGGUUCUAUCCUUAUUUGGUUUUGGAUUUUCUCUAGGGUAGAUAAAUUUAGGUGGUGGGUAUCAUUAUUGUCAAAUGUUUUUUAUCA